UUUUCCCUCAUUUUCUCUCUCAAUAUACUGGAUUUCUUCUUUUCUUCAUGGUAUCAGAGCUAAAUCUCCUCUGAGAUUUAGGUUUCGAUUUUUUGAUUUCUUCGAUUUUGAUUGAUCGCAAGUAUUUUCUGCAAAUUGCGAGGUGUUCUGAAAGAUUGCUGCGAAAUUUCUGGCGAUUAAUCUCGUGAAAUUUCUUGCGCAAGCUUUGAAUCUUCAACAAAUCAGUGGUGUUUUUGUUGAUUCCUGAUCGAAAUGAAUACUGAAGAUUCUGAAAACUCAGCUUCUCAGUCAAACAAUGGAGGUAAUUUUGAUCCAUAUUUUGUUGCUAGCUCGGAUAAUCCUACUUCCUCUUUAGUUGCUGUAGUGUUCAAUGGACUGAAUUUUAUUCGUUGGAGUAGAAAUGUUUGAAGAGCAUUAGUGGCUAAAAACAAAGAAGGUUUCAUCAAUGGUGACAUAUUGAAACCAGCUGUUAAUCAUAAAGAUUAUCCUAAGUGGAAACGAGCUGAUUUUAUGGUAGUAAGCUGGAUAUUGAGUUCAAUGAAUAGUGAACUUGCUGAUGAUUUUGGAUACAUAGAUAAUGAUGUGGAGUUAUGGAAGGAAUUGACUGAGAGGUUUGGACAAUCUAAUGGUCCCUUGAUUUAUCAGUUAAAGAAAGAGAUAGAUAAUCUCAAUCAAGAAAACCUUACCAUAGUUACAUAUUAUGGCAAAUUGAAGAAACUUUGGGAUGAAAUGCAGAACCUAAGAGCUUUUCCUACUUGUACUUGUGGAGCUCUUAAUUCCUGCAGCUGUAUGUUCUUGAAAAAGGUUGCUGAAUUUGAGGAAGAAGAUAAAAUGAUGAAGUUCUUGCUUGGUUUAAAUGGAGGUUAUGAAGGUACUGUGACUAAUGUACUGUCUAUGGAUCCUCUUCCAACUAUUAAUCGAGUUUUUGCCAUCACUCAGCAAAUAGAAAAGCAGAAAGAAAUGCACAGUUUGACAACUGAAACUGCUGUUUUGAGUAGUAGUGCUAUGGCUGCACAAACUAACAAGGGUGGACAGUUUCAGAAGUUUGGUGUUACUUCUGGAAAGAAGGAUUGGAAAGAUUUGAAGAAAGAAAAGAUGCACAGAGUCUGUACUCACUGCAAAGGAAAGGGACACACAGCAGAUCAGUGUUUCAAAUUGAUUGGUUAUCCAGACUGGUAUAAUUCCAUUAAAGCUUCCAAAAAUUCUCAGUCGCAUGGAGACAGAUUUGCUGCAAAUGUUCAGACUAAUGCAACUGGAGAUACUCCUUUGGAUGAUACAAUUGGGGGCACUGGAGGUGUAAGUAGUGAGAUGUUAAAUGCAAUCUGCCAGGAAGUGAUGAAAGCAAUGAAGGGCAAGCAUAUGCAGAAUGCUGAUGCUGCUGGAGCUAAUUGUUCCUAUGCCAAUUAUGCAGGACCCCUCUAAUGCCAUGGUGCUUGGUGCUAGAAAAAGGAUACAAGGACUUUAUUACUUCCAGUCAAAGGUUAAGAAUAAAUCUGAUUCUGUUUGUCAAAAUUCAGAUUGCAAUGUAGUUGCUAAUGCAGUUGAAGGAACUGUAAUUGAUGUAAAUAUGACUAGUUUGCCAAAUAAGACUGCUACUAGUAUUUCUGAAUCUAGAAUGGAACACAAAGACAGUCUUGAUCUAUUGCAUGCUAGGCUAGGUCAUGCAUCCUUGUCAAAAUUGAAACAUAUUAAUGCUGAAUGUUGCAGAAAUAUUACAGAAUACAAUUGUGCUAUCUGUUGUCAUUCAAAGCAACACAUAUUUUCUUUUUCUGAAAGUGACAGCAGAGCAUCUGAUUGUUUUGACUUGGUACACUUAGAUUUGUGGGGACCCUACAGAGUUAAAAAUUUAGAUGGGGCAUCCUAUUUUUUAACUGUGCUAGAUGAUCAUAGCAGAGUUACAUGGACCUAUUUGUUAAAUAACAAAUUGCAAGUAGCAAAGAUCAUUUCUGAGUUUAUAUCUAUGGUUGAAACUCAAUUUAAAAAGAGAA